UAUUUCUUUCCAUUUUUAGGUACUGAUUUGACAAAAUUACUAGCAUCUAUGUUGGCUAGUCAAGGAGAAAAACUAUCUCAAGAUAGAACUGUAAAUGACAGUGACAGCAUUCUUUCAAGUCAGCCUUUAGAAGAUCCAGAAGAAGAUGAACGUGAAAGUGUAACAAUGUCCCAAAUUUUUAAGGACGAAGAUUUUCCUUUGGAAUCUGAUGCAGAAAGGCACAAUUACAUCAAAUCAGAUGAUUUUUCUCAAUCAUUGGAUGAAGAAAUGGUUAGUGAUGACAUUUUGGAUGUCGAAUCUGAUGAAGAAACUAUCCCUCAGUUUGAUGGGCCAAUUGAUGAAAAACCUGCUGAUGAACAACCAAAGAUCCGCAAACGAAUGGGUCCUCGUGGCCCUGUAAUCAGCUCUGCCAACAAUCCCUCCCCAGUAAGUUCUGAGGGACAGGCUUCAAGUUUUUCGAAUUAUGGCCCUAUUUUCCAAAAUGACCCUGGAUUCCUUGGCUCCGGUUCCAACAUGCAGGCCUACCAAAGUCCAACAAAUUAUCAGGAUUAUGAUCGCCGAUGGGAUACUCAUGCAUUUCGUGAGGAUAUGUCCAGUGGUGUCCCUAGCGUCGAUCAGCAAUCAUCUCACUGGAACCCUGCAUGGUCACGCUCUUUACACUCAGCACGUGCUGAUCCUUCCAGUUACGCUGGGGCCGGUAAUGUGCAUGGUAACAAUGGCAGCUACAUGACAGAAGGCUUCUCCCGUCCAUAUGCCAAUCAGCAACCCCAAAAUCAUCCCUCACAAGCUGCUACAUUAAGUGAAUCCAGCACUGAUCAAUACCCUGCUUCAUUUCCUUAUGACAUGACGAACAUAUAUAGUCCGGAUUCCUAUUCACGCUCACGGACAUCUGACAGUGGGCACACUUCAGAUCCACACAACAGCCCCUUCGCUGGCCAUUUAUCCCCGUCCCCCGGUUAUUCUCGUGAUGGAUUCGAAUCAAGCCGAUCUCCCGUUCCACUCUCUGGAAAUGUCGGAAUACAAGGAUCAGGUAGUUCUAUGUAUAACCAGACCCCUUCGUUGCCUCCUCCCGAGGAAAGCCAGGGUAGUUUCCACAAAUUGUUAACUUGUAACGACAGCCCAAAGCAAUCCAUUCCAGCCGAUCUUUCAACCCAUCAGUCAUUGCAGCGAAGUAUCAGCCGAUGCUCCACACAUUCUAGUGAAUCAAUAAGUAUGGGUGCCAGUACUACACCUGACCCUUUUAAGAGUCUUCCAAAACCUGUUUCUUCAGAAGAUACUACAAUGGAGACUUUUGAAAAGAUGUCAAGCAUAGAAAAGUUAGAUGAGACAACCGAAGGUCGUUCGAGUGUUGAUUCUUCAAAUCAUCCCCCAUCGGAAACUGGAAAUGCUUCACUGACUCCAUUAGAUGGUAGUAACUCACAAAAGAAACAUAUGUCCUCAAUUAACAUAAGCCAUGAAGAUUUAUUUGGAACCCCUUCUCUUAAUUCUUGUGCUGAUCUUUCCUCUGAUUCUUUCACCUCUGCUGAAGGUAGCCGGCACCAGAGUGUUGUUGACCAAUCAAAUCAGGGCUCCUUCAUUUCUUCAGGAUACUCAAACAAGAAUACGUCACACCCACAACGUUGUAGUUCUGUCACGAGUGAAGAAGAGGCACCCAGUUACCAGUCGCUGACUAUGUCGUUCCCCGGUAACCAAAGCGGUAACCGCAGUCACUCGGCGAUAGCCAGCCUGGAACAGAUGGUGUCUAGUGUCGGAGGCUAUGAUAUCGGUUAUGACUAUGCAGCUUUUCCGAACAGAGCAUGGCAAUGUGCUGGUACUCAACCAUCUCACAAUGUUACCCCUCUGCACAACAUAUCUGCUGGUCCAACUAUGCCCCCUGGUGGGAAUUUGCCAGCCAACACCAGUAUGCCAUCUGGUACAAGUAUGUCGACUGGUUCAAAUAUGCCUUCUGCUCCAAGCAUAUCAUCUGGCCCAAACAUGCCCCCCAAUCAAACGUUAACGUCUGGACAGAAUAUGACGAGAUCAAAUAUGCCUCCUGUUUCAAACAUGACAUUAGGUUCAGGCAUGCCCUCUGGAUCAAACUUACACUCCGCUCCUAACAUGACACCUGGACACAAUAUACAAAACCGUAACCUGUCAUCUUCUGGACACAAUAUGCCAGCAAUAUCACCUGGUCCUUCUCUCACUCCUACAAAUAUGCCCCCACAUAGCAUCCCUACUAACCACAAUAUGCCAUCGAGGCCGAAUGUCGCUCCUGUGAACAUGUCUCAAAGCCAGCACGUGACUCAAGUGCGUGCUUUGACACCAAAUAUGUCAACGAGCCUUCAUGGAGGUCACACUAUGGGCCGGAGUGUCACUCCUCAUGGGCAUGGCCAUGCAAUGCACCCACAAGUCCACAACAUAUCUCAGGGUCACUCUGUUCAUCCCUCUCACAACUUAGCCGCUGCACCUCAACUUCCGCCACCAGGUCACAGUCCAGCUACUUCUCCUCCCAGUGCUCAUGGUCACAAUAUGUCCGGUCAUAGCAUAUCUUCUGGUCAUAACAUGAUGCAAACUCACAAUCUUCCUCAGGGCCAUCAUGUUACACAGGGGCAUGAAAGGUCCCACUCAUACAACAUAUCUGAACCAAAUUACACCACACAGGAUGUCAUGAUGCCUAAACAGGGCCGUAUGGCUUUAAAAAAGAAGCGAGGUGAAGCGGAUAACUGGUCAUAUGGUAAAUCAUAUUAUCAACAAGGUAGAUCUUGGAAUCAGCACCCUGGACCUCCAGGUCAAAAUUAUAGGAACACCACUUAUUGGAGGUAUAUGGAUACUUACCAAACUUACCAAGGCUAUGUUCAGAAUCCCAAGGUGGAACCAGGAACUAUUUCACAAACUCCAAAACUACAGCCUGUUCUGCCUCCUGGAGCACCACCUGAAAAGAGCAAGCGUGGAAGGAAAAGGUCUUCUUUUACUAUGGCUAAAUCUAUGUCAGCUAUGCCUGUGGAUUCCCAACUAUCGCAGUAUACUUACACUUUCCAUGUGCCAACCCCGAUCUACAAACGGCUUAAACUUCUCCAAAAAUCAAUGAUUCCUGAAGAGAAUGCUGUUUGCAUUGUUCGCAUGCACCCAAUGGACGCUCGCCGCUAUAGUUUGCUUAAAAUUGGUCGAGAGCUGGUAAAGAUUCCAAAGCUGGAGGAACGAGAUAUCAAAAGAAUUCAGAAGGAAAUUAAAGAGACAGGUUAUUAUCCUGGAGCGUGUUCACGUUUUGGUUAUAUGGUUCCAUCUGAUCAGCCAAGUAUAUCGACUAAAAUUGGUUUAUUGCCAGGUUUGUUGAAUGAGCCAAAACCAGUUUCUUCUUAUGAACCUGGUAUUAAGUAUGUUACAGUGGAUAGGAAAUUGCUUCCUAUGAGUGCUAAAGGAAUGGGUAAAAAUGCUCCAUCGGGAUUUCAAUUAGAAUAUGAACGAAUGUUAUCCCAGAAUCCUCGGAACCGUGCAAGGUCUAACGUCAAGAUUAAAUUGACUAAAGCAAAAGAAAAACGUCGGCGAAGGAAAGUACGUGUGACUAACAGGAGGAAGGGCUCUUGUGAUUUGCUGUCCGACUCUUCGUUAUACACAGACUGCUCCCUUGUUUCUCAGUUACCUUACAACAAGAAUUUACCCAGCACCACUCCUCAUAACCAGUAUUUACUCCCAUCCUCUGCAUCAGAAAUAACAAGUCAUAGCAAGACUCCUGUGUUAAUAGAAACUCUGCAUUCGCCGCCUAUAGCCAAUAUCCAGUCUUCCAAUGCAACUGAAAACACGUUACCGCCUGUGAAAACCACGCAUGUUAGGCGUUCGACUCGCCCGUUUCCCAAACACAAUGUUGUGCCACCCCUCCCAGGAGCAAGACCUCGCAUCAUCACUGACAACAAGUACCGUAGUAGUAACAAUAAUAAUUUUAAUACACAAAAUAGCCAGCUCCCUACCUCACAUGCAACAAAUAUCACUCCUCCAGUAAAACUGUGUCCAGGUCAAUGCCCUGAGCAACCCACUAAUCUGACUAUGAGUCUCCCUCAACAAACUGCUGAUACUACUUUUGACGCUCACCCCAAAAUUGAUAACAUAACAGAACUUGAAGUCAGGCCAAGUUCCUCCAACAAUUCUUCACCUAGUCCAUUGAGUUCCUGUAAAGAUAAUCAGUCUCCUUUUCCAACUAACAUUGGUUCACCUCAUGAUCCCCCACCAACAUCUGGUUCAUCCCUGUGGCAACCCAGUAAUACACCAACUGGACAAAGUUUCACUGUUAACUCUUCUAUUCAAUCCUCCUCAAACAGCCAAGAUUCCCAGCAGGUGCGCAAGCGAAAACUGGGUUCUGAUAACGGAAGCCAAGAUGGUUCAAAACGCACCAUGAAUUUUUCCACAAUGGAUUUCACAGAUAUCUAUGAUCCUCACUCAGAGGGCUAUGAUGAUGAUGAUGUUGACGCAGAUGACGAUGACGAUGGUGACGAUGACGACGACGACGAUGACAGCCAUGAUAACUUUGAUCAUAAAGCCUCUUCCGGAAAUGUUUGUUGUCUUGUUGUCAACAAAAGAGCACACCAGAGGUCUCUAGUGGUGAAGUUGGAGAAGUUAAAGCUGCCAAGUAAAACGGUGAAGGCCAGUGAAUUCCUUGCUACCCGUGAUGGUAUUCCACAUCGUAGUUGUGUUGGUAACAAAAUACCUGGCCGUGUUGAGAAUAUUGGAUGGGAAAGAAUUAAACUAGCUGAUAAAAAUAAAUAUCGUGGUGGAGUACCUCUAAUGAGUUAUUCAAGUCCAAUAAGUGAUGAUAAUGGACGUCUUUCUCUGUUCACUCAGCAUUCUGGUAGCAUGUUCUAUGACCGACCAGCUAGUGACUAUUUUCAAGAUGAAUAUUUGGGAGUGGCUAUUGCAGGAUCUCUUGAUGAGUCCAAUGACACUGGUUUGCUUAUGUCGAUUGACGACGAUGGCUACUCCCAAAUGAUAAAUACAGAUUCUAGUUCAGGGGAAGAUGCAACCAUAAGCUACGAAGAAGAAUUCGAAAUAAAGUCCCGAGGCAAGAACAAACGUAAAAGAAACCUCACUCCUAACCAACGUCUAGGUGUUGCUUUCUUGACUACGAGGCAUCGCAGAAAACGUGCAGUUGCAAUGAACCAUGGAAAACUGAUGAACAGUUUGUCUUUGUUGCAUCAAGCGACAUUGGCUAAAUUAUCAACGCUCUCCACAUACACAGAUUCUUCUGAUGAUUUUAAGAAAACCUACAAUGAUGUUAUGUCAAAGUUAGCAUUAUUUUCUCCUCCUGUUUCUGAAAAAGGUGAUACAUCUCCGCCCCAGCCACUAUCCCCUGAAGAAAAUGCACCUCUGCCAGUAGUUGACGGGAAUCCUGAUGACGUCUCGCUCGAUUCGACUGACGGCGUUUUGUCUCAGCCUAACUUCCUGUCUCAAACUUCUCUAGAUUCGAUCUACGAGACCCCUCUGUCUAGUGUAGAGACACAGCGCUCCUGUGAAUCAGCCAAGUCCCCUAGUCUUACAUCGUUGGGUGGUUCUGAAACAGAGCCAACCAGUGAUAUAAUAGUACCAGUUGUGAAGCAAGAUGAAGCUGCAGAAAACAAGUCUCCGCCCAUUCCAACAUUGUUGUCUUGGAAAAAUGAAACUCCUACCGAGAAAUCACCCUAUGCUGUAAAAACAGCUGUUGUGAAGCUCAUUCCACGUGCAAGAUCUGGUAGUAAAUCUAAAGUUGAUUGCAAACCUGAGAAUAAUAAUAAUGAUUUGGAAGUUGCUGUUCCUCUUAACUCCACUAUUCGAAAUUUCUCCAUCAUUAAUUCCAACCAACAAAAAGAAUCAAGUGAAAUUGAAGGUUUCCCUAAUGUACAGUUUCGUAUUGAAUGCAAGCAAAAGGCAUCUGUUGAUCAACUAGAAACUUCUCAAGCUCAUAGUAAGCUUGUAGUGAGCAAUCAGUCAUCAAAUUGCACUGAAGAUGAAAUUAGUCGAGCUGAAGAACAAACUAAUACUUCACCUGGUCCCUACCAGACUGGCAUUUAUUCACUUAAUUGCCCAGAAGAAACCAGUAGUGACAGAUUAAAUAGUUAUUCCAAUUGUGAUGCAGCUGAUACGGAUGUAGGAUAUCUCAUGGAUAAAAUAGACAACGAAGAAACACAAAAUACUCUGAUUGAAGAGAGAGAAACAGUAUCAGAGGUUUGUCACAAAGACACAACUGAGAAGUCAGAAGUUGAGCUUAAAAAUAUUGCAAAUAAGCUACCAGCUAGUCCUGGAAUUGAGUUGGGUGGGAAUUUAGAGGAGACAGAGAAAUCAACUGAACAUCAAGUUUUGCAGACUACACAAUUGAUCUGUGAAUUGAACAAAGAAACGGAAGAAACUACUGCAAAGCAGACAGGUGUUACAUGUGACAGUGAAAUGGUAGAAUCUGCACAACGAAAGGAAACUGUGAAGAAAAUAUCCGAAACUGCAGAUCAGGAAAAUGGGGUUUCUAAAGCAGCUUCAGAAUCAAUUAAGAACACAACUGAGUCUCAUUUGCAUAUUGGAUCUCAAAAUACCAUUUGUGAAGAAGGUCCGCUCAAUGAUGUUAGUUCGCAAAAAGAGGUGAAUGGUGGGCAAUGUAUCACCACUUCUAAGCAAGGAGAAAUCAGUAGAUCUGGUGAAGAAGUAGAACAGAGUAAGAAAGCAUUAGCAGCUGAAGAUGAUGUCUUUAACUCCGACAUAACAACAUUGGAUUUAUCCGUGAGCCCUAAAACAGGUGUUUUACAAUCAAGCAAAUCAUCUGGAAAUUCAUCAAAAGAAAAGGAGUCGGCUGACACUAGUGAACCCAACCAGACUAACCAAGCAGCUCCAAAGAAAUCUCAAAAAGUUAAUGUGGGUAGCAAUGAAAGUAUAGGCUCUGAGAGACAGGACGAUCACUUCAAAAAUGCCAGUCCUCAGCCAGUCGCUGGCAAAGAGUCUCUGGUAUUAACACCACGCGAUCGUCCACCUAGCAAAGACUUAAUCUGUCAUACAGCAACAAAAUAUGGUCUCAGUAUACCUAAGGUCACUGAACCUUUCUGUGGCAAACCUGAAGACAUCACAGAAACACCCAGGGAACAUGGGGGAAGAAUCUUGAGGCUUCAGUGUAACUUGAUAAAAGACUUGACCCCUUUUGCAAGCACCUUGGACAGCGAUACACUGGACACAUGGAGGUUUGUUUUGGCAGCCAACAACAAAACAAUUCCCGUCGACACUAACCUGAAAAGUCUUAAUGAAAUUGUUAAUGAUCCUCAAGUGUCCUGCCAUCUUCCUGGCAGUGGCCAGCGAGUCUGGGUCCCCUGUCUGCCCCCACCAUCAUACCAACGGGUCAAAAGUUCCCUCGCACCACCAUCACCCUCUCCUACGCCACCUCCAUUAUCAUCGUCAUUGUCGUCCCAACAACCACAAUCAUCAUCAUCAUCACAACCAGCACCACCUCCAUCAUCAUUAUCAUCACCAUCAUCAUCAUCAUCUCAACCACCACCAUCACCAUCUUCAUCACCCUCAUCGUCAUAUUCAUCAUCUUCAUCUCAGAACAACAAACGAGCCACUCAACAAUUAAAAGUUAAUUUAAAAAUUGAUCCAAAAAAUAUCGGUUCCACAGGUGAAAGUGAUAAAGAAUGUUUCAAGAAGCUUACUGGUCAUUCUCCAAAACAUCUGUCCACUUCUCCCCUGACAAUUUCACCCAUUUUCAGUAACCUUAACAAUAAGAAGAAGAAUGAAACAUCUUUUGAUGAUUCGCUUUUUGGAUCAGAGAAUUUUAUGUGUGAUAAACCCGCUCAAGAAAUUGACCCAGGGGUAACAUCGUCAGCCCAACACCAAGAUCUCCUCAAGCAAGACAUAUUAUCUGAUAGUGAAAUAUUAGAUUUGGAAGAAACCUUAGUUGAACCAAAGAGCCCAGUGUGGGCCGACAGAUCUGACCGGUCUGUGAAAAACCUCUCUCAGGACACUAAUCUGGCCCAGUCAAAUUCGCAAGAUGACCGUUCUAAAAGUGUUUCAGAAAGAGAAAAUAUGCAAACACUUAAUGUAGCUUUACCUGAAAAUCUCCCAAGUACACGAAUUGUCCCACAGUUCCAUAGCACACCCGUUCAUCGUAUAUCAGUCUCUAGUCCUCUGGCUUCUCCGACUCCAGUUUCCAAACCUCAGUUAACUGAGUCUGCCAAUAAAAGUAAUGAUACCUUACCUUCCAAAGCAACAAAAGGCCACACUCUGAGUUCUUCCCAUAAGCUGAAGAGAAAGGCUAUCAGUAACCAAAUGAAGCAAUGGUCAUUAAACUCUACCCUUACGUCACAAAUUGAUAUUGCUACACCAAAGAAUAGCUGUGGUUUUAAAGUCAGCCAGAUCCAAUGCAAAGAUACAAAAUCCUCCCAUAAGGUUCAACACAUCUGUUUGAUGAGUCUUGAGUUACUUAUGAGGACACGUGGAGACAGAUGUCCAGAUCCUCAGACAGAUGAUAUCCAAGCUGCUUUCUGUGUUUUCUUACAAGAUUCCAAACCUGGUGAUAUGGUAACAGUUGUUAUUGUUGUUGAUGAUGACCACCUGUCUUUGAGGGCUCCAAAAGGCUCAAACCGUAGUCGUACAUUACAUGCUACAGCUCUACCUGAAGGGGUUGACAUCAUCCAUGUGACAGAUGAAACUGAGCUGAUGCAUAAAAUAGAAAGUCUGGUUCAAAGUUGGGAUCCUGAUAUGCUCAUUGGUUAUGAAGUCACCACCUUGUCAUGGGGUUACUUACUACAGAGGGCUGCCUACCUUAAUAUAGAACUGGCUUCCAAAAUUUCCAGAAUUCCAAGUAAUUAUUCUUUUAAAUGUUUAAAUGUCUGGGAUGAUAUAUUGUAAAUACGAUUACAAAUU